AUGGUCAAAAUUCUCAUCGCCAAAGAUCGGAAAGCCUUUGAAAAGGAUCUUCUGAACCGUGCCAGGGUUAAUCCUAAAGUCCUCUACAUCUACAUAAGACAGAGCACGCGGAACAAAGACCCCAUCCCACUGCUGCGAACAGCCGAGGGAAUGGAAAUCUCCGAUGACAUGGAUAAGGCCGAGCACCUCUCUCAGUUCUUCCGGUCCGUCGUGACAAGUGAACCAGAUUUUUUAUCCUCCAUUUGUGAAUACAAAGAAACGCCUACCCUUGAAGCCGUAUUCUUCACCGAAGCAAUUGUUCAGACUGAGUUACUUAAUCUGAAAGAAUCGACCUCCCCAGGCCCUGAUGCAAUCCCCGCCAAGCUGCUGAAGGAGUUAGCUCCCGAAAUGUCCAAGCCAUUAGCCUUGAGCUUCCAAACGUCAUUUCAUACUGGAUGCCUGUCCUCUGAUUGGAAGUCCGCUACCAUCACUCCGCUUUUUAAGAGCGGAAAUCGUGCGUCUGCGAAUAACUACAGGCCAGUGAGUCUUACGUCCAUCUGUUGUAAAAUCAUGGAGAAGAUCAUUAAGAAGGCCUUGAUGCGGUUUCUCGAGCAGCACCACCUCCUCUCUGAUGCACAACACGGCUUUCAAAGUGGUCGGUCCUGCCUCACGAAUCUGCUCUUUACCCUUGAACGCUGGACCAAAGCACGCGAUGAAGGCAAUGUGGUGCACGCCAUCUACAUCGACUUCAAAGAGGCCUUCGACAGCGUUCCCCACCAACGUCUCUUGCACAAACUGCGCAACGCCGGAAUUCGUGGACGCCUUCUUGUAUGGAUCCAGAGCUUUUUUGGCUGGACGGUCCCAAAGAGUGCAGGUCGGGCGUCAGCAGUCCUCAAAAUUAAGCGUGGUGAGUGGCGUCCCACAGGGCUCAGUCUUAGGUCCCACGUUAUUCCUCGUUUUCAUAAAUGA